AGGAACAUGGGGACCGGAGCCCCAGCCUCGGAGCAGACCAACUGUGCCAAAGGGGACCCACAGGCUUAUUACCCUAAAAAACGUAGAGGUGCCGAGGCUGUGCUGGCUACAGACUGCGAGAACCCGGAGGAUGAUCGACCUCCAUCUGAGGCGGGCGGCUGCAAUGCCCAAGACUCGGGGCAGCUCAUGGCUUCCUACGAGGGUAAAGCCAAGGGCUACCAGGUGCCUCCCUUUGGGUGGCGCAUCUGCCUGGCUCAUGAAUUUACAGAGAAAAGGAAACCCUUCAAUGCCAACAACAUCUCCCUAAGCAACUUGGUAAAACAUCUGGGCAUGGGCUUUAGGUACUUGCACUGGUGGUACCGGAAAACCCAGGUGGAGAAGAAGAAGCCUUUUAUCGACAUCAUCAAUUCUGUGCCCCUGAGACAGAUCUAUGGUUGUCCCUUGGGUGGCAUCGGGGGAGGCACUAUCACUCGUGGCUGGAGAGGCCAGUUCUGUCGUUGGCAGCUUAAUCCGGGAAUGUACGAGCACCAAACAGUCAUUGCUGACCAAUUCACAGUGUGCUUACGUCGGAAAGGGCAAACCGUGUACCAACAAGUACUAUCGGUGGAACGCCCGAGUGUCCUGCGCAGCUGGAACUGGGGCCUGUGCGGGUACUUUGCAUUCUACCAUGCCCUCUACCCCCGAGCCUGGACUGUCUAUGAGCUUCCUGGCCAGAAUGUCACCCUUACCUGCCGCCAGAUAACACCCAUCUUGCCUCAUGAAUACCAGGACAGCAGCCUGCCUGUAGGCGUGUUUGUAUGGGAUGUGGAAAAUGAAGGAGACGAAGCCGUGGACGUGUCCAUCAUGUUCUCCAUGCGGAAUGGACUAGGGGGUGGAGAUGACGCCCCCGGGGGUUUGUGGAACGAGCCCUUCCGUCUGGAGCACGAUGGGAACACUGUUCAGGGCCUGCUGCUGCACCACCCAACCCUUCCAAACCCCUACACGAUGGCUGUGGCUGCACGAUGCACGGCAGAGACCACAGUAACGCACAGCACGGCCUUUGACCCCGACAGCACUGGGCAGCAGGUGUGGCAGGAUCUACUUCAAGAUGGACAGCUGGACUCCCCCACUGGUCCAAGCACCCCCACGCAGAAAGGAGAAGGUGUCGCUGGGGCUGUGUGUGUUUCCUGCAAGCUGCCAGCCCGAGGCCACUGCCAUUUAGAGUUCUCACUGGCUUGGGACAUGCCCAAAAUCAUGUUUGGAGCUAAGGGCCAGAGCUACUAUAGGAGAUACACGAGGUUCUUUGGCCCAGAUGGUAAGGCAGCACCUGCCCUUAGCCACCACGCGCUGUGCCGACACGCAGACUGGGAAGAGAAGAUCUCAGCUUGGCAGAGCCCAGUACUGGAGGACAGAUCCUUGCCUGCCUGGUACAAAUCUGCACUGUUCAAUGAACUAUACUUCCUGGCCGACGGAGGCACGGUAUGGCUGGAAGUUCCUGAGAACGUCCUCCCCGAGGAGCUGAUGGGGGUCAUGCGGCAGCUGCGCCCCACCCUGCAGGAGUAUGGUCGAUUUGGCUACCUUGAAGGCCAGGAAUAUCGCAUGUAUAACACAUACGACGUCCACUUUUAUGCGUCCUUUGCCCUCGUCAUGCUCUGGCCCAAACUUGAGCUCAGCUUGCAGUAUGACAUGGCUCUGGCUACACUCCGGGAGGACCUGACACAGCGACGGUACCUAAUGAGUGGGAUAACAGCACCUGUGAAGAGAAGGAACGUCAUCCCCCAUGAUAUUGGGGACCCAGACGAUGAGCCGUGGCUCCGGGUCAAUGCCUAUCUGAUCCAUGAUACAGCUGACUGGAAGGACCUGAACCUGAAGUUUGUGCUGCAGGUUUACCGUGACUAUUACCUGACGGGCGAUGAGGGCUUCCUGAGGGACAUGUGGCCUGUGUGUCUGGCUGUGAUGGAGUCUGAACUCAAGUUUGACAAGGACCAAGAUGGGCUCAUUGAGAACGGAGGCUACGCAGAUCAGACCUAUGACGGAUGGGUUGCUACAGGCCCCAGUGCCUACUGUGGAGGACUGUGGCUGGCAGCUGUGGCUGUAAUGGUUCAGAUGGCUUCUCUGUGUGAGGCACCGGACAUCCGGGACAAGUUUUCUUCCAUUCUUAGCCGAGGCCGAGAAGCCUUUGAGAGACUGCUCUGGAAUGGUCGCUAUUACAACUAUGAUUGCAGCUCUCAGUCUCAGUCCUGUAGCAUCAUGUCUGACCAGUGUGCUGGCCAGUGGUUCCUGAGGGCCUGUGGUCUGGGAGAAGGAGACACUGAGGUUUUUCCUACUCCACACGUGGUCCGUGCUCUCCAAACUAUUUUCGAGCUCAACGUCCAGGCCUUUGCAGGAGGGGCAAUGGGUGCUGUGAAUGGGAUGCAGCCUCACGGUGUCCCGGAUAGAUCCAGCGUCCAGUCUGAUGAAGUCUGGGUGGGUGUGGUCUACAGCCUGGCAGCGACCAUGAUCCAGGAGGGCCUGACUUGGGAAGGCUUUCAGACAGCGGAAGGCUGCUACCGUACGGUGUGGGAGCGCCUGGGCCUGGCCUUCCAGACUCCUGAGGCAUACUGCCAGCGGCAGGUGUUCCGCUCACUGGCCUACAUGCGCCCCCUGAGCAUCUGGGCCAUGCAGCUGGCCCUGCAACAGCAGCGGCGGCACAAAAAAGCCCGUCAGGGCACAGGACUAAGCGCAGAGGACAAGUUUGGACUAAAGGGAGCGACAGCAAGCCUGAGCCCAGAGUGAGUCCUCUGAGCUGUGGGAAGGAGGCACUACCGUCCCAGCCUCCAUCCUGGCAUGACCUCCUUCCCUCCAAGUUGCCUGCAACCCUGAGCCACCAGGACAAUCAUGCCCUUCCCAUGCCCCAUCCAACUGUGCCAGUAAAGAAGGGAUGAGGGUUCACCCAGGUAUCAGAAUCACUUAUUUAUUUCUUUUCUCACCCCUCCCCGUCUCACUGCAUGAAAUGCUCGAGGAAGUCAGUUCAUUCAUUCCCCCAGGGGAUACGGGAUGAUGAUGAUGAUAUAUAUAUAUAUAUAUAUAUAUGUACAUGUAUAUGUAUAAAUUAAAAACAAACUCAAAGCCA